AUGGAUAAUCAAGAAUUACGUACAGAUCAAGUAACACGAUGGAUAGCACAAAGUAAAAUGAUUUUUUUUCUUUGUGAACAAUCAUAUGUUCAAGAACGUCAAGAUAAAUAUUGGAAAUGUGUUGAAUUAGGUAUAAGAUUUUGCUCGCCAGAAUUUAUAAUUGAAUCAUUAGCUCAAUAUCAAGUACAAGAUUACGCUAUUUAUGAAGAAGAACCUCAUCAAAAUGAAGAUGACAAUGAUAAGAAUUAUACAAUAGAAUAUAAAGAAUAG